GCGAGGAGGAAGCGAGGCAGGGAGGGGCCGCCUGGCUGGCUGAGGCUGGCGAGCCGAGGGGACGGCGCUGGUCGCUGUCCUGGGUGUUGAAGGGAGCCCGCUGGGGAGCGCCUGCAGCCUGGCUCCGGAGCCGAGGUGGCAUGGACUGAACCGCUGCGAGAGGACAGGACGAGGCGGGCCGGGCAAGCAGGCAGCAGGCAGGCGCUUGCCAUGGGCCACGCAUGAUGGGGUCGCCCGGCACCUCCAACCUCGCGUUCCGCCUGCUGCAGCAGCUGCUCCUGGUCUUCGUCGUCGCCCGGCACCGGCAGCCCCUCCGAGGCGGAGCCGCCGCCAGCGCCGCUGAAGCAGAGGCCAAAUUCGGCUGCCUGUUUGAGGAUGACCUUUGCAAAUCAUUUGAAAUCUGCAUAAAUGAUGGAGUAUUUGGGAGAUGUCAACAGGUGCCAGUGAUAGACGUGUACAAGUAUGAAGUUUCACCGCUCAUCCUCCAGCACUUGAGAAUUGUCUUAGAGAAGCUGUUACACAGAGGUUUUACCUGGCAAGAUGAUUAUACACAGCAUGUUAUUGCCCGUGAAGUCUCAUAUCUCCAUAAGAUUCAUGAUUGGCACCCUGAGGCAUUCUCAUCAGAAGAGCCUGAUGCACAGAGGUCCACAAAGCAGAAAGCUGAUAGCAACAGGAAUUUAGGUCUGGAAAAGGAUGUGAACUUUGCCAGGUCUCCUCAGCAAUACCUUGCCUAUUUGGACAUUCUCUCCCAGUCUGAAAUUCCAAAUUUAUAUUCAAAGAUAAGGGGCAACAAAGCCUCUCUUAAGGUUGAUAACGUCCCACCUGACACCAUCGUCAACUACAUGGUGCAGAACUCCAAAGGAAAAGCUCCUGCUUUAACCCAUUCAGCAGCAGCCCAUUCAAAAUAUACUGAAAACAUCCCAGCGAGAUCCUUCAGCCAACCACAGAGAGAUAAAUUCCCACUAAAGCCAGAUGACGGAUUUGACAGAAAGGCUCUGUUGGCGGCAUUAAAUGCAUAUAUCUCUCAGAAAGUUGCGGCAAAAAAUCUUGACGGAAGUUCUCCUGUUAGCAGGACUAAAGUUUCUCCCCCUUAUACCAAUCGACUCAAGCUUCCUCAGGCUGACCAUCUUGAUGGAACAAUGUUGAAAGAGAAACCAGGGGAUAUCGAGAUGAGGCCACCAUUCAUAAGGAGGCCUGGAUCUGGACUGGUGCCUGGUUCUGUCCAGAGCGAUACGAAGGCCCCUCUAACUCCAGUAGACGAAAUAUUUAUUCAGGAUGUUCUGAGGGACCUGAAGAAACAUCAUGUGGAUGUAGAUAAGUUGAGCCCGCUAGAGCUGGACGAGAUGGCAGAUAUCAUUGCUGAUGCCAUUCAAGCUGUUGAUGUAGAUGAAGAAAAGAAGAAUGCCGCUGGGAAGGUUGGAGGAGAGACAGAAGAGAAGAGAGUGGAUGCCGAAGGAAAAGAUGGUUAUGAGAUGGGAUUAAUGAGAGCCGGUCACCCUUUACAAGAUGAAGGGGCACAGAAUGAAGAUGCCAGGACUAAAAAUGAGGAGAACCAUUUGAGUAAAAAACUACUUGAUUUCCUGAAUGAGGAUAUCGCAACUGAAAAUCUUCUUGAGGAGCCUAUGUCCAAAGAAUCUUUUAAAACAGAAAUGAAGAAGUCGGAGGAUUUAGAUCUCUCCUCCUCUUCCUCUGAGGAAGUGAAGGUUGGGGUUGAAAAUGUGAAGAGCGAAACAUUCUCGAGGGAGUUGAUAGCUGAAAAGAAAGCUGAGUCGGAACCUGACUCUAAAGAGCUGACUGAGCUUCAUCACUGGAUUAAGAAUACUUUGAUUCAGGAUAAAAGUGUCUAUGAAGAAACUAAAAAAAAAAUGGGAGGAGGCCUUCAGCUGGAUGCCAAGCCUUCUGAAGAGGAUGAAUAUGGAUACAUCGUGACAGAGAAAGACCCUCUGAGCGAGGAAAAGGGUUUGGAGUUAAUGAAGCAAGCUGCCGCCCAGCUGAAACUGCAGAUGACUGCCUUUGCUGAUAUCAACAUGCUGGGGCCAGCUGUGACCUUCAAAGUGCACUCAAAUGUCUUCAAUAUCACCACAGCCGAUGUUGCCAAAGCAGCAGCUGACAACAAAGACAAGCUUGAAAAAGCAACAGGACUGAAAAUUUUGCAGAUUGGCAUGGGGGAGAAAAGCAAGCUCCAACGUUUGCCCCACCAUGCCCAGGAAGAGAGAGACACCACCAAAUUCAUCAUAUUAACCCUCCUCUCCAUUGCUUGCAUUUUUGGGAUCCUUGUGGCUUCUGGGGUCAUCUAUUGCCUCCGCCACAGCUCUCAUCACAGACUGAAGGAGAAGCUGACAAGCCUGGGCUCCGACAACAGCUCCAGUGCGACUGCUGCUUAUCAGGAGUUGUGCCGCCAGCGUAUGGCAGUGAAAACCUCAGACCACCCAGAGCCUCUGCAUACGUCUCGCAUUAACAGCAUAUCUUCGCAGUUCAGCGAUGGGCCCAUUCAGAGUCCUUCUGCUCGAAGCAGCACUUCAUCCUGGUGCGAAGAACCAGUCCAGUGCAACAUGGACAUUUCUACUGGGCACAUGAUACUGUCCUAUAUGGAAGACCACUUGAAGAACAAGAAUCGUCUGGAGAAAGAAUGGGAAGCACUUUGUGCUUAUCAGGCUGAGCCCAACGCAGCUACCAUUGCACACAAGGAAGAAAACGCCCAGAAGAACCGCUCACAAGAUGUAGUAGCAUAUGAUCAUUGCAGGAUAUGUUUGAAAGCUGAAAACAGUCACGACAACUCGGACUACAUCAACGCAAGUCCUAUUAUGGACCAUGAUCCUAGGAACCCUGCUUAUAUAGCUGCUCAGGGCGCCCUGCCUUCUACGGUCACAGACUUCUGGCAGAUGGUCUGGGAAAACGGCUGUGUCGUUAUUGUCAUGCUGACACCCCUUGCUGAAAACGGAGUCAAACAGUGCUACCACUAUUGGCCAGACGAAGGGUCAAACCUCUACCAUAUCUACGAGGUAAAUCUGGUCUCAGAGCACAUCUGGUGUGAAGAUUUCCUUGUGAGAAGUUUUUACUUGAAAAACCUACAAACCAAUGAGACUCGAACCGUGACACAGUUCCAUUUCCUUACCUGGCAUGAUCAGAAAGUGCCCACUUCCACAAGGUCCCUUCUGGAUUUUCGCAGAAAAGUAAACAAGUGCUACAGGGGUCGUUCUUGUCCGGUAAUUGUUCAUUGCAGUGAUGGUGCAGGAAGAAGUGGAACCUACAUCCUAAUUGACAUGGUUCUCAAUAAAAUGGCCAAAGGUGCUAAAGAGAUUGAUAUUGCUGCUACUCUGGAGCACUUGAGAGACCAGAGACCUGGCAUGGUCCAGACAAAGGAACAGUUUGAGUUUGCGUUGACGGCAGUUGCGGAGGAAGUGAACGCAAUUCUCAAAGCUCUUCCGCAGUGAGCGACUCGUCAUCCCCGGAAGGUUCCCAAGGCGCUCGUCUCCCUCUUCCAUUAUCCUCGGUCCCUGUGAAUGUCAUUGGAAACCGUGGCCUGACCUUAACUUGUGUGUCUGCUAUUGUAACCACAUAUUGAUAGGGAUCUUUACAAACUUCUAUUGCCGGUUAAAAGUCCAGCAGUUAAUGUAUAUCCUUGUUCUUGUUAUGGUAUUCAGAAAUAAUACACACCUGAGACCUUGGCUUAAGAGACAAGAACAAUCCCUCUAGUUCCUCUUAACAUCCACGAUGUUCUGAAUCUCACGCGUUGAAAGCACAUGUACACCUUGUUAAUAGAAAACACAACGUGUUGUGGAUGCGCAGUGCAUUCAGUGUAUCUUUGGCAACAUAGUGCUCUCUUGUGUAUCUGUAAACUUCUCCAGGACUGAAUAAAAGAGGCAGGGGGCCUAAUUAUUACUUUUUUGAAAAUAA